AUGAUGAACUUCACCUUGAUAACAGCUUUGCUCUGUUUGAUCUCUGUCUGUGUUUGUGAGCUCCACACUGUGGAGGUUCAGCCUGGUGAAGACGUCACACUGACGUGCUCCAACUUUACCAGUACUACCUCUUACAUAUUCUGGUUCAGACUGGCCGACAGAUCCAACAUCAGCUGUAUCUCCUCUAUGACGACCGCUGACGGCAAUGCUUCUUUCUGUGAUGGAUUUCGAAAUGGCAAAUUUAACAUGACAUCCAACAUCACUACCCUCUUUCUCACGAUUCAACAAGUGGAUUUAUCUGACUCUGGACUGUACUUCUGUGGAUUUUACAAAGAUGAAAAGCCAGUUAUUGACAGUGCAACAUAUUUAAAGGUUCAAGGCAUGGGAAUCCAGUGUGAUGUAAUAAGCAAGCUGAGUGGGAUCCUGGGUGCUGUCACUGUUGUCCUUGUUAGUGUCAUCAUUGGUCUGGCUGUUAGAGUCAGGAAGCUUCAGACAGCUGCCAACGAAGAACAGAGCCAACCUGAUUAUGAGAAUGACUGUGAUGUCCUGAAAGACGCAGAACUGACGGAGAUGCGGAACAGGAGGACCGCAUCAGAGAGAGAAGUGGAGACUCAUGUGGUUUAUACUGCCCGGAGAUAAACACAGA